AAAAACGAGGAAACACCUCAAAGGCCAGCAGGAAAACUUGGAUGGUUGACAGACCGUUAUGAGAUACGAAAAUAAAGGUCGCCCAAAGACUUUCUGCAAUGGGGAUAUAAAAAGUUGCUAUAAAAAUUUUGCCUUAUCUUAUACCGGCACUUUAUACGCACGUAUAGUAUACGGUAAUAUCGAUAUCUAUAGGAUAUUCAUAAAUGGUUACUCGUGACUGGCAAAUAAUGUUGGUACAGUGCGAUAACAACGGAAGUCAGGAUAAUUUUGGUAUAUUUUACGAGAUACGGCGCACUAUAAAGUCAUUAGUCACGUUAUGUGAAAUCGAUAAUAUCGAUUGAUUGCUGCGUCAAUUUUCAUGGCUUACGUUUGUCGCGCGAGACUAUUAAAUUUUUUAUGAAAACUCACCAUGAAUCGAAGCGACGGGACAAAUUGUAAGGAUAACAUUGGAAUUCUUGCAAUUUGUCAUUCCGACGACGUACUGAUAUACAAUUCGCUUUUUAGGCAAUGGUGGUAGAGGGAAGAGGGUUGGAUAUCAGUAUAGGUGAGAACCAAACGAGCCCCGGCGGCCAUUGUUGCUAAUCGAGGUGUCACAAUUUUAUGUGAGUAGAAUAAGGGUGAGCUUGGAUAAGGGGAGAAUGAAAGUUUGAAAAGGUAUUGGGGAGGGGGGGGGAGCGACGUCACGUCAGGACUAAAGAAUCGCGUGAUAACGGAGUCCGGGUUUAUACGAUAAAUCUGUACUCGGGGGAAAUAAAAAUUCUCUAAUAAUUAAGGAAGAAUUGUUGGGGGUGUCGUAAAGAAAUAUAUAUUAUCUCCUCUAAACUUCCCUUAUCCUACAAGGCAGAAAGGGAAAGUAACGUUGCUUACAUUUAGUUAGCCUACGGUAUAGUUAAUUAUCUCGCACCCUAAGAAUUAAUCUUAUGGAGAUUAAUUAAAUUGAAGUAAAGCGAUGCCUUGGUCUGUUGUCAAAAUGUCGAAAACAAGCCCGACCGUACGUUUCGAAUAUUUCGCAUAGAGGAAGGGAAUGAAAAGGACGUAAAUGGGAAACAAGAACAAAAAUUUAUGGAAAUACAAAAACAGAGGGUUGUCAUCCAAGGGACUCUAAUAGAACGUAGCGCGGCUAAUUAAAGUCGUUGGCACUACGAGUAAUUAAAUGAACCACGGAAUUAAUUCAGCAGGUUGAUAACAGCGACGAGAAGUUUCUUAUCGCAAGAUGGAAACUUUGACCCCGACGGGUUGAAGGAUUGUUGGAAGGAGUGGAAGCGGGUUAACCGGGGGGUCUCGUGCAAUUUCUCUGAAAAUUGAAUAGACGAGAUGGAGUGUGCGAGAGAGAGAAGGCGAAUAGACGUAACAAAGAGAAAAAAAGAUGCGACUAAAUGAUAAGGGAAAAAAAAGUUUCCAAAAUAUUCACAAGGUGAAUUCAACAAGGUCGCGAGAACUCGUGUAUUCUCGCUGAGGAUCCUCUCCUGGCAAAACGUCAACCCCCGGUCGUAUCGACCGUGCAGUCCACUGGUCUAGUAAACUUCGUCAAGGGGGAGUACUAUAAAAAAAAAUGAUAGCAUAAAGAAAGCCAAAAAAAAUUAUGACAACCAACGUCCAGCGAUUGCGGCCUAUCCAAAGUAGUACAACGUCCUAGGAACACGGCGUGUGCCAAGCUACAAUGGAAAUCUACGGGGGGAAAGAAGGAAGCAGACAGUAAUAAUGGCAAGAAAAAAAUUACCCCCCCUACAGACAAUUUUGUCCUGAUGAACUUGUCCUAGGGAAGGAAAAAAGAAAUUGUAAAGAUUCUUGACGCGGAUGCAACACCCUUUGGCUUGCGUGUGCGAAAUAAAAAUACUUAAGAGCAGAACGAGGCCCGGUGAAGUAAAAGACACGGUGAGAGUGACAGGGACAAAGAGCUUGGAGAAAGAAUGAGAGAAAGAGAGAGAAAGAGCGAGGGAAACAAGAAGGUAAGACAGGAGGUACGGGGAGUUGGCAACAUUAAAUAUUCACCGAGGAUUUAUUUAUACACCCGCUAUAUAUAGUCGGCUACUCUAUUAGAGGGGAUAGAGAGAAGCUCGGCGACUAAGUAUCACCAUCGAACCUAUUUAUUGAAAACACAAUAGAUAGUUUCCUACGAGAAUCUUCGCGAUAGACUAAAUAUCCUGCCACUAAAGCAUUUAACAGUCCUACCAACGUAGAUUUAUGGAGCAGAUGUUACGACGAGCUCGGUUGCGUCAACAACACUGAGGAAUGGUACCAUCCUGUAUUUCGGCCAUUGACGAUGCCGCCGCUCGAUCGUCACAUCAUUAAGACCAGUUUCUAUCUAUUUGGCAAAGGCAAGGAUUCGCGACAUGUGGUGGACGUUGAACCCUUAGAAGUGAACUACAAACAGAUCAAGCUGACCAGCUUUGAUAAGACCCUUAAGACCCAUCUGCUUAUACACGACUUCACCAGCAAUGGAUUGGUAGGCUGGAUCAAACAUUCGGUCAAGUCUAUCAUGUCUAACAACCUUGGAAACGUGAUAAGCGUCGAUUGGACAGGUGGUGCGGAGCCACCAUACGCCAUAGCGGUGCAGAAUGCACGAGUCGUUGCUUUGGAGAUAAUCUAUCUCUUGAAAAUCCUCAUCGAUGACCUGGGUAUGAGACCGGAACAGUUCCAUCUGAUUGGUCAUGGCUUAGGAGCUCACGUUGCUGGAUACGUUGGCCGGCAGAUCAAUGAUAUUGGGCGUAUAACUGGACUCGAUCCCAAUGGUCUUUACUUCACUGAUAUGUCAUGCGCAGUGAGGCUGGAUCCAGACGAUGCAAGAUUCGUAGACAUCAUUUAUACGGAUAUAGUUAAAAGUAAUGAAAAAUCAUUGGUGCCAUUGAGCAAGACUAAUCGCUUUUCUCUUCAUCAAGAUCAUGGCCAGGGUAGUGGCGAUACCUUUGGACAUUUUAACUUCUAUCCAAACGGUGGUCUCACUCAAGGAGGAUGUAACGCUACUUCCUUGUAUCCACCUUUGAGCGCAAUAACGCGAGAUAUGCUGAAAGAGGGUGACGUUGCACCAGGAUGCAAUCACAAGAGGGCUACUAAAUAUUUCACAGCCAGCUUGGACGAGGAGUCAGAGUGCACGAUGAUGGGAUACCUCUGUCCCGAUUACAUCUUCUUCCAGAGGGCCGAGUGCGUUGAAUGUCAAUUAGGGUAUACCUGUGCACCCAUGGGAUACUCAGCCGAGGUCGUCGCCAGGAACAAAACCGCUCCACCGACAGCGAAGUUCUUCCUGGAUACCCAUAGUGAUCGUCCUUACUGCAUGUUUGCUUACAAGAUCAUCAUCACCAUGGAUCCUGGUGAAAUGGCCAACCCCGAGACUGUAUCCUCGAGCGAGGUCGACUAUCGCGUCGAGGGAGGUAUGUUCUGUGCCACUGUCUACUCUGAGUCGGAAGACAUUGUCUUCCGGACUAAUCUGAACAUGGGCAUCGGCCAAAAAGCAUUCAUCCUGAAUGGCGACAACGUCUUCCUGACGUACCAAAAGAGACCGAAAAUGUUGGCACCAAGUAAAGUCGUUCUGCGCUUCGAUUCCGAGCAAAAUAACACAGUCGUAUACGUAACUAAAGUACGGGUGGUGCUGCUUCCGGCUACUGGUAAAAACGUGACUUCGCUAUGCGGACAGCACGAGGUCACGAAAUUCGUGCCCCACACGCAAGAGGAAUUCACGCCCUGUAAACCCUCCUGUAAGGAAUCCCGGAAGUCGAACACGACCCGACAGAGACGGAAUCCAGAAGACGUGGCGCCAGAGAUGCAAUCGUUGAUCGAUAUGACUGCUGAGGAUUACGAGGACGAGAACGGCGAGCCACCUCCACCGCCGCAGGAAGAUGAUUACUACAGUAAUUAAUGAUUCUGAUGUCUGAUACAGGAUAUCUGGGAUGACGAUGAUGGAUAUGACAGAUCCUGAUAAAAUUAAGAAAACACCAUUUAUCCCUUGUAACGUGUGCUUUAAUGAUGUCG